AUGGCGCCCAACCCCGGACUCAAGCACCUGUCCAAUGCCCUGGCCACCCCCGACCAACUCUCCAAUUCUUCGUCUUCAAUUGAUGGCGUUCCCUCCGACCUCGAGACAUCCAUUCGCUGCGCCGGCGUCCAGCUCACCCAGACGGCCGGCAUUCUCUUGCACCUGUCGCAAGACAUCAUCGCCCAGGCGGUCGUGAUCUUCACGCGCUUCUGGCUGGGCGCGGACGGGGGAAGCUUGCGGAUCUACUCGGCCAAGGAUGUGUCUGCCGCCGCGCUCUACCUGACAGCCAAGCUAUCCUUCCAACCCACCUCACCACGCUCCGUCCUCAACGUCUACACUCUUCUUCUAUCCCCUGGUGCAUCGCCCCUCUGGUUCGUGAACCCGCGUGGGGCACCGAAAGAGCCGCCUUCUCCGGACACUUAUGUUUUGUCCGAGGGCGGGUACCAGUCUGCCCGGCUAGUACUGCUUCGCAUCGAGUCCGUCAUCCUCCGCACUCUCGGCUUUGACACUCAUGUCGCCUUGCCUCAUACCAUCGCCCUGACCUACCUCCAAACCCUGGGUGCGACAAGACCCGCCGUCGCCCGCCGCGUAGUCGAGCAUCUCAACGGCGCACUCCUGUCCCCCCAGCUGCUGUACGUGACCCACCAACCCAACGCCUUAGCUGUAGCCGCCAUCUACCUGGCUGCGCGGGAGGAAGGAGUCAAGUUGGUCGAUGGGGAAUGGUGGGAAGUGUUUGAUGUUGACCGCGAAGAGCUCGGGUUCCUCGUGGUGGGUAUGAAGAGCACGGAAGGGUUCAUGCGCGCAGAGGCCGAGCGGUGGAAGAACAAGACAAUCCCCAUGGUCGUGGAUGAGGUGGAAGCUGAGCUUGAGCGACGACGGAUGAUGGAAGAGGGCGAGUGA